AUGUCGUUCCUGCGACGCGUGACGUCCGCGCCGAGCGCCGACGACCGGCACAAGCGCAAGGAGCUGGAGCGCAAGGAGCUGCUGGAGAUGAUCCUCGAGUCCAUCGCCAACGUGCCCAAGGCCGUGGAGCGCAUCCACACGAACGAGCGGCUGCGCCAGGCGCUGCACCAGGAGAUGGGCGACGAGAACUCGCUGCUGCACCGCUUCUUCGACACGGGGCAGCUGCAGCAGCAGCAUCCGCUGCCUGCACGUCCGGCGACGUCAAUGGGGGUCUACGACAACUACCAGCACAGUCACGCGGAGGACGAGGAGGAGGACUCUAGUGAGGACAGCAGCAGCAGCAGCGACUACGGGGAGGAGUACGAGAACGACCUGGCGGAGGCCGUCAACCAGCUCUGUAUGACGGACGAGACGCUCACGGCCAUGGACGACAUGAUCUCGGACCCCAUCGGCAUCGUCCACACGAGCUUCGGCGGCGGCAGCUCCGCGAGGAUCUCGAGCUCGCCCCAGUCGUCCUUUGGGCUGGGAGUGUCGCCUGGCACGACGUCGAUGGACGGCGAACCGGUGUCGGCGUUGUGGCCGCGACAGCCGAACCAGUUUGCGUUCACACAGGAGGAGGAUAACACUGUCCGGGUGGAGGAUGAAGUCUACAGUGAGAUGGUGAGCUCGGUCUGCGAGGACGAAACGUUCCAGGACGACGUAGAGGGAGACGAGGAGAAUGCAGACGUUGGUACUCUGGGCGAUGAGACGGAGGAGAAACUCUUUGAAAUGGACGACGAUGAGGAUGAAGGCGGUGAAGCUGGUGGUGACGAUGAUGCUGACGGAGAAGGACUAGCCAACAGUUUGGCACAUUUUGAUGCUGAUGAGGCGUUGGCAAGUGCGUUUGUGGUUGGAUCUCCGAUUGAAGGUCAGGUGACGACAUUCCAGAAUGAUCUGGAUGGCAAGAAGUCACAGAAAGCCGACGUCGUUCACACAGUUGAUAUCAAAGAAGGAGACGACGCAAGUGGUGGCGAAGGAGAUGAAGGGUCCGAUGGGAGUCAUGACGAUGAUGACGAUGAACCAAAGGACUACGAGGUGUUCCAACUGCGUAUUAUCCGCGAAAAGAAUCGCACUGGGUUUGAGCCAAACCAGGACUGGCGUCCUCGUGCAGGAGCACUGAUCGGGAAUCGAUACAGGGUGGAGAUGGCUAUUGGAGAAGCCGUUUUCAGCCGAACAUACAAGUGUGUCGACACUACCACCGAGCAGUCGGUAUGCCUGAAGAUCAUCAAGAACAACAAAGAGUACUUUGACCAAGGCGUGGACGAGAUUCGCGUGCUAGAGUACAUUGACCGCAACUGCAAGGUGGACGAGAGGCAUCUCGUGCGCCUUCUGGAUGCGUUCUACUUCCGCGAACACCUGAUUAUCGUCACAGAGCUCCUUCGCGACAACUUGUAUGAAUUCUCUCGGUUACUGCUGCAGCGCGGUGUGAUCAACUACUUCAACAUCUCGCGACUGAAAAAGAUCGCGAUCGAGGUGCUUGAAGCGCUGGACACCCUGCACUCGCUGGGACUUGUGCACUGCGACCUCAAGCCGGAGAACAUCCUCAUCCAAAACUUCAGCGCGUGCACCGUCAAGGUGAUCGACUUUGGCUCCGCGUGCUUCACGACGGACGAGCUCACGUCCUACAUUCAAUCGCGAUCCUAUCGCGCCCCCGAGGUAAUCCUCGGACUCAUGUACGACACAAAGAUCGACCUGUGGUCGCUCGGGUGCGUCAUCGCCGAGAUGUACACAGGCGAGGUUCUGUUCCGCAACGACUCGGAGCAGACGCUGCUGGCUCGGAUCCUGGCGACUAUCGGCCCCAUCCCUGCGUCGAUGCUGGACGGGCGCGAGGACCUGCAGCACCAGUUGAUGGACACGGGGCUCUUCGCAGUGGACCACCUGGGCAACGGCGUGCUGGCUGCGAGUCUCCAGCUGCCGCCGCUGGAAGAGGCCGUGCCCACGAAAGACCCAGAGUUCCUGGACUUCCUGCGCGCGCUGCUGCAGAUCGACCCGGCGCGCCGCCUGUCCGCGCGCGAGGCGCUGGCGCACAGGUGGCUGCAGCACGGCGUCUUCGCCGAGAACCGCAUGUGA